GAAGGAGUUCUCGGAGUUUCCAGUUCUCAGCGGCCUUCUGGUUACCUCGGUGAUGUCCUGGGUUAAAGCUGCUCCUUUGGUCCCAGGCAGUGGAAAGGAGGAGGAAGUGUUUGACGAGGAAGCGGACGAGUCACUUCUGGUGCAGCGAGAAUGGCAGAGCCACAUGCGGAGACGAGUCAAAGAAGGCUAUAGAGAUGGACUAGAGGCUGGCAAAGCAGUUACUCUUCAACAAGGCUUCAAUCAAGGUUAUAAAGAAGGUGCAGAAAUCAUUAUGAACUAUGGACAACUCAGAGGAACUUUGAGUGCUUUGCUCUCCUGGUGUCACCUUCAUGAUACUAGUUCAGCUUUGAUCAGUAAAAUAAAUAAUCUUCUGGAUGCAGUUGACCAGUGCGAAGAGCAUGUGCUCAAACAUCUGAAAUCAGUCACCCCACAGCCCGAUGUUGUCGAUUUAUUGGACUCCAUUCAGGAUAUGGACCUUUGUCAUGUAGUUCCAGCUGAGAAAAAGAUGGAUGAAGCUAAGGAUGAAAGACUCUGUGAAAAUAAUGCUGAGUUUAACAAAAACGGUAGCAAGAGUCUUAGCUGGGUAGAUUGUUCAUCUUCAGAAUGUUGUGCAACAUGGGAGCAUGCACAUUCUGAAAAUCCAAGCCUCACUUGGAUUUUAGAACAGACAGACAGUUUAGUAAAACAGCUGGGAGUAUCAGUAGACAUAUUACAGUACCUCAAGCAACUUUGAAAAUUAUCUUCUUUUCUAAUGAAAAUAAUGUUCAGAACAUUCCUUAGAGCAUUUUGUCUGUUAACAAGUUUACUAAAAUUUGUACUGGUAUCUACAUUGAACACUUCACUAUCCUUCAUGGAAAUUUGAAACAUGUUCAGAAUUAACACUAUUAAAUGCAAUAUAAGCCUUUUUUCUCUGUCA